GUUGCAUGGGCAGUAAACAGUGGAUUUGUUCAGUAGGAGCAGGGACAGGAUAUGAUAGUUGUAUGAAAUGCUCUACUUUGUUUAUUCUCUUUGCAGUGUUGUAGAAAACAAACAAGUUUAACAUGAGAGACACCUCCUCUCAGACCUUUUAUUUGUUUUCAGACAGUCCUGUUUAAUAGCCUAACCUUUGUUGAACGGAUAGCGUUAUCAAUAGCCUAGACUACUGCUGGAUUACUUUACGAAAGAAAUAUACAUUUAGCUUGGUGUAUAUAUGCAAUCGGUUGGCUAUUUGUUUGCAUUGAAGUUGCGGUUUGGAGAACGAAGCGCAGAACUUGGUUCAAGGCGUAUGCCGCUCCGAUAAGUUACACGUGUUGCAAAGUACAAGGUUCUCUCAUGAGCCUACCUACCUACACCAGGUUACCUCAACAUUGGAGUUCUUCUUCAUAGGCCAAUCCGAUAUGAGUUGUGGUUGGUCCUAAAGCGCACACGUCUCUCCUCUUUUUGUGAAGAUAUCUAUUUUAUUUUAUAUUUUACAAGAUGUCGUGUCUUUUGCUUGGAGUUAUCAGAAGACGGGGUGGCGUGGGGGCAUCUGUGGGGGUCCGCUCCCUGGCCUCGAUCCCCUCUCUGCCCCCAGCGGUGGCUGACUUUGUGAAGGGGGCGGUGGAUGAGUGCAAGCCUGCCAAUGUGCAUGUGGUGACGGGGAGUGCAGAAGAGUCGGCCCACAUCCUAGCUGGCCUGGAGAAGGAGGGCAUGGUGAAGAAGCUACCAAAGUAUGAGAACUGCUGGCUGGCACGCACAGACCCCAAGGAUGUGGCUCGCGUGGAGAGUAAGACGGUGAUCGUCACCAAGAACCAGAGGGACACCAUCCCCACCCCCGGUGGGGGGGCUAAGAGCCAGCUGGGCAGCUGGAUGAGUGAGGGUGACUUCCAGAAGGCCAGGAAGGACCGCUUCCCAGGCUGCAUGGCAGGUCGAACCAUGUAUGUGAUCCCUUUCAGUAUGGGCCCGGUGGGCUCUCCGCUGUCUAAGUUUGGCGUGCAGGUGACGGACUCGCCCUACGUGGUGGCCAGCAUGGGCAUAAUGACACGCAUGGGCACCCCAGUCAUGGACAAGCUGUCACAGGGGGCAGAGUUUGUGCGCUGCCAGCACUCCCUUGGGCAACCUCUCCCACUGAAAGCUCCCCUGGUCAACUCGUGGCCGUGUAGCCCAGAGAAGGUGCUGAUCUCCCACCUGCCAGACACCAGGCAGAUCCUGUCUUUCGGCAGCGGCUACGGAGGCAACUCUCUGCUGGGCAAGAAGUGCUUCGCUCUGCGGAUCGCCUCGCGCAUCGCCAAGGAUGAGGGCUGGCUGGCCGAACACAUGCUGAUCCUGGGCAUCACCAAUCCUCGGGGAGUGAAGCGUUACGUGGCGGCGGCGUUUCCAAGUGCUUGUGGGAAAACCAACCUGGCCAUGAUGAAGCCUGCGCUGCCUGGCUGGACUGUGGAGUGUGUGGGAGACGACAUCGCCUGGAUGAAGUUUGACAGCCAGGGUAAACUCAGGGCCAUCAACCCAGAAAACGGCUUUUUCGGCGUGGCUCCUGGCACGUCCCUGAAGACCAACCCUCACGCCAUGGCGACCAUCGCCAAAAACACAGUGUUCACCAACGUAGGCGAGACCAGCGACGGAGGGGUAUGGUGGGAGGGACUGGACCCCCCUGCUGCAGGGGUCUCACUGACCGACUGGCAUGGCAAAUCCUGGAAAGCAGGAGACUCUGCCCCGUGUGCCCACCCCAACUCCAGGUUCUGUACCCCGGCGGCCCAGUGUCCCAUUAUCGACCCCCAGUGGGAGAGUGACGAGGGAGUGCCCAUCGAUGCCAUCAUCUUCGGGGGCAGAAGGCCAGAGGGUGUCCCACUGGUGUAUGAGUCGUUUAGCUGGCGUCACGGUGUGUUUGUGGGAGCCUCUAUGAGGUCUGAGGCCACAGCAGCCGCUGAGUACAAAGGCAAGGUUAUCAUGCAUGACCCCUUUGCCAUGCGCCCCUUCUUCGGCUACAACUUCGGUGACUACCUGGCCCACUGGCUCAGCAUGGAGACCCGCAAGGCCCCCACCCACCUGCCCAAGAUCUUCCACGUUAACUGGUUCCGUAAGGACCCCACGUCGGGCUCCUUCCUCUGGCCAGGCUUUGGGGAUAAUGCACGCGUGCUGGAGUGGAUCUUCAAGCGUUGCGGCCGCGAGAGGGAGGACGAGGCAGCAAAGAAGAGCUUGGUGGGCUGGGUGCCACAGGAGGGAGCCAUCAACCUGCAGGGCCUGGGCAGCAAAGUGGACAUGGGGGCCCUCUUCGACCUGCCCAAGGCCUUCUGGGAGAAGGAGACCCAGGAGCUGCGGGCGUACUUUACCCAGCAGGUGGGAGCCGACCUCCCCCAACAGGUGGAGGGAGAGCUGAAGGCUCUGGAGGACAGGGUCAGGAAUGGAGAGGCAUAGACCCAGAUGAGUCGGGGUUGAAGGGAGAAAGUUUAGACUAUUGGACAUUACACUACACUGAUGUUGCAAUAUGGUGGGGAUGGGUAGGGUGGGGGUAAGAAAAAGUGGCUGACAAACUGAUUGCAGUUUGGGGGGGAACUGCAUUGAGUAUAUGUGGGAAGAUGUAAAGCAAAGGUUCUAAAUUGUAAGAGAAUAAAAUGAUAUGAUGCGACUGCAUCACUAACGAAUGCAGUUCAGUCGCCACUCACUGUCAAUGGAUAUUUGAGUAGAAUCAAUGUGUAGUAAUGCCUUACUGACAUCUUGCAAUGAAGUACAAAGGCAUUGGAUGUUUGUUUACAAGCUAUUAUCCCAAAUAAUAAUCUCUUAUCAUAACAAGGUUUAACAUCCAUAUACAUUUUAACAUUUUGCAGAAUAUUAACUACAUCUUUUGAAAUGCACUGCUGGCCUCUCACUAGUCACUGAGAUUACUGAAUGGCCAUUGGCUUGGAACAUGUGAAGGAAAUACAUCUGAUUGGCUCAGGGAACACCAAAACAUUUUAACUACAUUUUAUUGAGUGAAAGAUUCAUUCGCAGUUUUUGGCAACUUGUAUUGUCUUCAAUUAAAAUGCAUGAUAAUGAUAUGUUUACGUUAUGUUCAAUGUUGGACCAAUAAUACAUUCAAUGGAAAUUUCAUUUAAAUGGUUUAUUACAAUGAAAUUAAUAAACAACCUCAAAAUCUG